CGAUCACAAACGAGUGCAUGUUGCCUGGGCCUAUGCCGCUUGCCUCCAUUCAAAGUGGAUUGUUAGCGGUUCUGUCAAAUAGUAUCUGGCACGUAUAUUUGAAUAACUAAGGACAUUUAAGAGACGUCACAAGAUGAGGCUACGGUGGAGCUGGGCGUUCAUUUUCCUGCUCACCAUUGCCGUGGUAGCCUGGGCAGAGGUCGAUGAGCCUGAAGACGACGAGGAGGAUGCUUUCGUUGAAGAUUCAGACGAAGUAGAGGCCGCUGAAGCAGAUGCUAACGUGUCAUUUCAGGUGACAUACAAAACCCCAGUUCCUACUGGAGAGGUUUACUUUGCUGAGACCUUCGAUGAUGGUUCAAUGGGACGGUGGCAUCUGUCUAAAACCAUGAAAGAUGAUGUAGAUGACGACAUUGCCAAAUAUGAUGGCAAGUGGGAAGUGGAGGCGCUGAAGGAAAAUAAGGUUCCUGGAGAUUUGGGUCUCGUACUGAAGUCAAGGGCCAAGCACCAUGCCAUUGCAGCCAUGUUGGACAAGGCCUUUGUUUUCAAGAGCAAGCCACUGGUUGUUCAGUAUGAGGUGAACUUUCAGGAUGGGAUUGAUUGUGGAGGUGCUUACAUCAAAUUGCUGACUGAUUCAGCUGAUUUAGAUUUGGAGCAGUUCCAGGAUCGUACACCAUACACCAUCAUGUUCGGACCAGACAAAUGUGGUGAGGACUACAAAUUGCACUUCAUAUUCCGGCACAAGAACCCCCUCAACAAAGAUAUGGAGGAGAAGCAUGCCAAGAGGGCCAAUGUGGACCUGAAGAAGUUCUACACAGACAAGAAGACUCAUCUCUACACCUUAGUGCUCAACCCUGACAACAGCUACGAGAUUUUCGUCGACCAGUCGAGUGUGAGCCAAGGCAGCCUCCUCGCCGAUGUGGUGCCACCCGUCAAUCCACCCAAGGAGAUUGAUGACCCCAAAGACCGUAAGCCAGAGGACUGGGACGAGAGGGCGAAGAUUCCAGACCCAGAAGCAGCUAAGCCUGAUGACUGGGAUGAGGAAGCUCCCGCCACAGUGGAAGACCCUAAUGCCUUGAAGCCUGACGGCUGGCUGGACGAUGAACCAGAACUGGUGCCGGACCCCAGUGCUGAGAAGCCAGCUGACUGGGAUGAGGAGAUGGACGGAGAAUGGGAGGCCCCUCAGAUAGCCAACCCUGCAUGUGAGACCGCUCCUGGGUGUGGAGCCUGGAAGCCACCCACAAUGAACAACCCCCAUUACAAGGGCAAAUGGAAGGCACCCCUGAUUGACAACCCCAAUUACCAGGGUGUGUGGAGUCCCCGUAAGAUUCCCAACCCAGACUUCUUUGAGGACCUCCAUCCGUUCCGCAUGGAUGACUUCAGGGCGGUGGGGCUGGAGCUCUGGUCCAUGACGUCAGACAUCUACUUUGACAAUUUCAUCAUCACCUCUGACAAGGCCGUGGCUGACCGCUGGGCCUCAGAUAGCUGGGGGCUCAAGAAGCUCGUGGCCAGUGCCAAUGAGCCUGGGAUGCUGAGUCAGCUGGUCCUGGCUGCAGAGGAUAGGCCGUGGCUCUGGAUCAUUUACAUCCUGACCGUGGGGCUACCGUUCGGUCUAGGGGUGCUUUUCUGCUGGCCUAAGAAGGCAACUACUGAUGAUUACGUCUACAAGAAGGUGGACACUCCCAAGGCUGACACUGUAGAGGAGGAGGAGGAGGAGGAAGAAGAAGAGGAAGAAGAGGAGGAGGAACAGGGCGAGGGAGACGCAGAGGCAGAAGGAGAGGGGGAGGUGGCAGAAGAGGCCACUGCGACUGCUGCUGGCGCCAAGGCUGACUUGGAGGAGAAGGUGGACGGAGGCGCUGGAGAUGUAUCAGGUGACCUUCCUGAAGACGAAGACGAGGAAGAGGAGGAGGAGGAGGAAGAAGAGGAAGAGGAGGAGGACAAGGAGGAAGAACCUGUCAAGCCUAGUAAUGACACUGUGUCAGAUGAUGAGAUGAAGGAGGCAGAUGAGGGGGUCCACAGCACAGGUGACGGACAAAAGCAGGCGGUCAGAAAACGCAGAGUACGGAAGGACUGAUGGACAUUGGAAAACCCUUCCCUCUACCUCUUCCCUCGAUCUUCUCUGCUCUGCAUGUCUGGUAGAUCAGUCUACCCAACUGCAUGCAGGCUAACCUACCCUUUCCU